CGGGAGCAGCCCUGACGAUGCUUCCUGACCGCGAAGCGCGGCCGGCCGGGCUCCCGCGGUUCGCCCUCCAUCGCCUUCCCGCGUGUCCCACUCUCCUGGUGUCCGAGCUGGGCGAGGCAGUGUCAGGGGAGGGAAGGGGAGGCCGAGGGGAUCCGGCAGUGGAGUGGGAGGACCAGACACCCCAGCGAUGACCAGCUCCCCCGUCUCCAGAGUCGUCUACAACGGCAAGAGGAACAGUAGCCCCCGCUCUCCCCCCAACAGCAGCGAGAUCUUCACGCCGGCCCACGAGGAGAAUGUGCGCUUCAUUUACGAAGCCUGGCAGGGUGUGGAGCGGGACCUGCGCAGCCAGAUGUCGGGCAGCGAGCGGGGCCUGGUGGAGGAGUACGUGGAGAAGGUCCCUAACCCCAGCCUGAAGACCUUCAAGCCCAUCGACCUGAGUGACCUGAAGCGCCGGAACACGCAGGACGCCAAGAAGUCCUAAGGCGCGCCAGUGCCCCUCCCCUGGCCUCCGGGAGAUCUGGGUGCAGCCUGCCGCUGGCCGCCUCCUCUCCUGUGGGCUCAGCUCCUGGGAGGGGGAGGGGGCCUUGCUCCCAGUGGGCCGAAAAUCCCAGGACCAGGACAGGCAUGAUUGAUGGCCAAGGCCUGCCCCUCCUCCCCGAGCCUUUCCUUUCCUCUCGGGGGAUCUCAGGUUACCCCCGUCCCUAGGAGGGCCUCGGCCCUGCCAGCCCGUGCCCCCCAGGCCUGGCUGGACCUUUGGAGCUGCUGGUCCUGCCUGCCCCCCAGGGCCCUGACCCUGAUUCUUACCACCUUCUCCUGCCCCCACCUCCCAACCCCUGGCCACUUACAGGAUCAGGAGGGAGAUGAGGGGCCCUUUGUUGUCUCCUGUGCUGUGGGACUGGGCUGGUUUUGUCCUGAAGUGGCCAGGAGCCAGGACAGGGUGGUCCCACCCACACCCAGCAUGGGUCCCUCACCGACCCCUGCUGCAUCUGUGGCCUGGGCACCGGGAGCGUCUGACCCCCCCACCUCACUGUCCAGCCUGACCCCUUCCUUCCCUGUCAGCUUCAGGGUGACACCGGCUCUCCGGGCCUGGCACACUGCUGGGUGCCCCCUCCACGGGUUCUAGGCAGCCAGGUCUGGCCCACCUUUGGGAGGGGGCGUGGGGCUGGCCUGAGCUGGCGAGGCUACCCAGUGGGUCCUGCUCUGUGUGGUGAGUUGGGAGGGUCUUCAGGGCCAUUUUUUUCUUCCUGUGCCCUCCAGAUCCAAGUGUCUGACUGGAACCUGAGGACCAGUAAAUAAAGGUGGGGUGGCAUUGGCUUGGCAA